AUGAUAAAUUACCCUCUUAAAAUUUUACCCAAAUAUCCAGGCACCGAAGUAAACGUAGCCAGAGUUCUUCAGCCCAUCGAUUUUUCAACCACCAGUGUAGAAAUUGAAGAAAUUAAAGAAGUGAAGCCAGAAGAAGUAAAACUUGAAGGAGCCAAAAAGAUCCAAGCCAGGGUCACUAGUCGUCGCAAUCGUCAGCCCAACAAAAUCGCUGAGUUUUCUUUAAAAUGCCAAGACAGCUCACGAAAGCGUUCCUGGAUCGGCAAAAGUGAAGAAUCCAAUAAAUACGCAAUUUUGAUAUAUGACGGCAAAGAAGUGAGCAUAAUUCUCACCGAUCAUUGGUACAAAUUUUCGCCAUUAAACCAAGCAGUCAAAAUUCAAACUGAAGAGGAACUUAAAAUAGGCAAAAAACAAAGAAUUCGCCAAGAAAAAGAGCUUGUCAAUGAAGUGUUCGGAGAAGACUCUGAUGAAGAUCUAAAACCUACCAAAAAAGUGCAUCAAAAUACGAUUGAAGAAGAAGAGUUUGGAAAAGAAGGCAUGGAUUUUGAUGAAGAAUUUGCUGAUGAUGAAGAAGACAACGAAGAGGAAGAAACCAAAGAGCAAAAAGAUGAAGCGGCACUGCAGCAUAGACUUUCGAAUUCUGGAAAAGAAAUACAAGAACUGCUGCUGGAAAAUAAAAGUGAGAGCUCAGAAAGUGGAGAUUCAAGCGAUUUAGGACUUUAUGAUAGUGAAGAAGAUUUGAAAGAAGAUAAAGUGACGAAACAGUCAGUCAUUAAUGAACUAAUGAGGCUUGGGAGAGUCACGCUAAAAGAACUUAUUGGAGAAUGCAAGAAGAAGUUUAAGAGUGAAAGCGGAUGGAUUGAAAAUUUGACCAAAAUUGUGAGAGAGGUCGCAGAUAUUGAAGGGACUGGAGAAAAUGCGUAUGUAAUGCUGAAAGAGGAGUAUAAGAGAUUUAAGCCUGCGCAUGCUGAAAGAAUACAUUUCCAAACACUUAAAUAA